AGAGGGGUUAGGGUUAAGCAAGGGCUGUUUUGAUCUAGCUCGCAGGGAAAAACCUCUAGGCCCUAUUUAUGAUCCUUCCCCGCCAUACCAAAAAUAGCCCUCAUCGGCCCAAGCCGAGUUCCCCUCAGUGUGUUCGGCAACACGAACAUAGGGGUGACAAGGGUCACAUUCCUGCCGAGUUUCAACGAUGAUUGCCGGCAGUAUAACAAUCAAAUUAUGAUGUCUACAAAGUGCUCCCGAAAUCCCCUGUGCAGAGGUGUGCUGUGAAGGAUGUUAUGAUUGUAGACGAUUCCGUAAAACGGAUAACAAUUUCACCGAAAUGACGAUUUGUUUUUACAAGAAACGUACAUGUAUAGUCAUACAGCGUUGAACCCACAAUUUCUCUCUGGGAGAACAGCCAGUUCAAAAAAAUCACCCAGUAGAUGCAUAACUGAAUAAUAAUCGAUAGAGACGUGUUUUGGCUUUGUUUUGUUUUUGACAGUGUUUUGCGUAACACAAAAUCAAUCACUAAUUACUAUUAAGUCGCCUUGUCGCUAAAAACGUUUAAUCUGAAAUUAAAUCCAAAAUUGUGGCUGUUAAAUCAAACGCUUUUUUGUAAAGCUGCCUUAAAGUUUGUUUUCCGGCAAAUAUGUAAAUGUACACGCCGAUAUUCUGUCUCAAAGUGUACUUCGAGUUAUUUUCAAGAUAAAUUUUUGGAACCUUUUCCCUGUUUUUUCCCCCAUUCAUUGGCAUAAAUAUCGCGUCCAGAUUGUUACAGAGCAAGUUGCAUGUCCACUGUAGAUGGAAAUUGCCUGUGGGCCAGUCCGUGCCUUUGUAUCUGGGUCACCGUUAAACAAUGACAGGAUAUAGGAAGCGCUGUCCAACUCCUAGCACUAUGGUGCGUGAACCGGGCCACAAUACUCCCAACCAUUGUUAUAUCAGAGAAACGCUUCCCUGCAUCUUCACACAUCCAUAACGAAGGGCUUUUUGCCGGAGUGCAGUGCUCUUACUCCUUGCUGUCAAAAGCCCACAAAUAUUUCGCUCGCGGUUGCUUCAGCAGAGGCUUUCAGAAAGUGAAGUUUUAGGUCUAUUGUGCGUCUAUCAACCUCAGACUGCCCAAGCGUGUCUUUGUUUCAGUGGUUUUUAAAUGACUGUGGUGUGUACUGUCGAAUUUUUUAUUACUCCCUACGCGUCCUCUAAAAUAUCCAUUGAGUUUUAUUGAAGACGCCCACAUACCACGCUACCAUGGCUUUGUGAGGUAUGCCUCCAGCCUGCGUGUUAAGUAAUGUCACUAUCGGCUGUGAUUCGUUCAAAUGAAGUGUUGUUGACUCACGAAGUUAUAAGAACAGAUGCUUCAUUCUUUCCCUCGUUGCUGGUUGUGACUGGUACAACCUUAUUUACAAAACACUAUGCCCCGGUAACCCAAGAACCUAGACGGACGUAGGCUUCGCAAAUUCCCGUUGGUGUGGGAAGUUUUAAUCCCAAGUUGACAAAGGGGUCGCGAUAUUGAGCAACCUGGCAGACACCAGAUCCGCUGCGUGAACUGAACAUGUACAUACGAAUAUUUGACACGGUCGUCGCUACAAGUGGAAACUGAAAGUGCAUGCCCCACGGAAGUCUCGAGGUUGCAGUAGUUAUGGGCUGUGUUGUGGUGUGACCCGAAAUUUACUUACAGGGUUAGAUUACCAGCAGUUAGGACCAACAAACUGGGCGUCCUGCUGGUACGCAAGGAACAUUCAAUAUUGAUGUUUUGACUUUCAGCACGUACACCUAAUUUUCCAUCGGGGCUAGGGCUGACUCAUCCGUCGUCGAUAAGUCAUCGCUGUCGUUGCGUUUCUCACGGUUGUUUGACGGCGGUGGUCGUCAGUUCCGGACUGCUUUCGUCGCGUGUGACAGUAAAGGUGAUGCCCAUCAUGUUGAAGCUACUUUUUAGCACCGUUGUCGCUGUCAUUGUUGCUGUCACCGAAAUAUCGUGUGAAGCUGUCGUGGUUUUGGAAAAUCGAGAAGUAACGCUGACAUGCGACAUCAGUCCCACCGCGCCGAGAACAUCAGCCGUGUUCUGGUAUUCGAACUCCUUGUUGGAGUACCUUACAACUAACGAUGACUUGAUUCCGGAGCUGCGAGACGCCGACCUGUCCCUGUAUCAGCGCAUCUCGGUGGCGGGGUCCGUCAGGAGAGGCAAGUACAAUCUACGCAUUGUCGACGUGAGAGCAGAGGAUGCUGGAGAUUAUGUAUGCGGAUAUUACCGCAGUGGCAACGAGUGGAUCACGGUCAAGACCGUGACUGUGGAUGUGUUGACGCCCCCGGGACGAGAGUACCCCGCUUGUUCUGCGAUGUCAUCCGGCGACACGCUCCUCUUGCCCGGGAUGCUGGUCAACCUGAGCUGCAUUUCUUACGGUGGAAGUCCCCGUGCUCAGCUGACCUGGUACCGUGAAGGUGUACCUCUGGAGAGCACGGUGACCCACGGUGGACUGUGGGUUUAUCAUCAACGUUUCAUACAGGAGGAUGACAGCGGCGUUGAGUUCACCUGCGAGGCAACCAGCACUGCAUUGCCAGAGCCGAAAAGUUGCAGCAUUGUCCCCUACCGCAAAGCCCCGCUGUUGUACGUCGAGCAUAUUCGCGGUGGUUUAGUGGGAUUGGGCGACUCGGCAACAUUCACCUGCACUACCCAGAAACUUCUCACUCCCACCGGCCGCAAUGACAAGGCGCAAUAUCAGUGGUACUUCAACGGAGAACCGGCCGAGGAGAACCGAUCCGGAAUUGUGGUUGAAGACGGGAAAUCGCUCAUACUUCGGAAUGUUACUGCCAUGGACGACAAAGCAGUGGUUUCCUGCGAAAAAGUUGAUGAAUUUACCACCAGGAGUUCGGCAUCGAUGACCAUCCUAGUAGUGUCCCCAACCUACCCCGUGCUUAUACACGACGAGAAAGACUUAACUCCAUCUCAGAACCCUGCAUCUUUUGUAUCCACCCCGGUACCUGCCGUGUAUGUAAGCCAAGUGGGAUUCGUCACGUGCAUUUUCGGGGCCUUCCUUUUUGGGAUGUUUUUCAUGCUUUUCUUGAUUUUAAUACUACGACUAUACUGCAACUACACUCGUAAGCGCGGUCGACUGGAUUUCAGUACAGAACACGAAAUUGCCGUCGGAUGGCAAAAAGCUCACAAAAAGUCAAGCUGUGACGACGCGAGACAGGAAAGCAUCACUGUCACAGAUAGGCCUGCAACCGCUCGAAACAGCCCAGUGCGCACCUUUAAGAAACCAAAUGGCGUGGUAGCAAAUGGUAACCUAGCAACAAGCGAGUGUGCAGAGUGUCUGAGAAGUGGCAACACGGAGGGGAAUGUUGCCACCAACAUGGAAUCACCUUGUCCUGUUGCUUCUUCUGACAGGUCCGCUGCCCGACUUAGUCAGCAGUCAAGGAAAGCCGUCUCAAACGACCCUCUUCCAGGCCCAACCCCCCGGAAGAAGCCCCCACCCCUGAGCCUGUUUAAUGAGAACAGCAGGCCGUUGCUGUCUUCCCCAUCGCCGAAUUCUGGGGCCAGUAGAAGGCUUCCUUCCGUUGACCGGGACCACACGGCAUCCAUGCCUGAUCUUGCCUCGCGCCAAUUCGGGGACCCGGCACCUUCCUGCUCAGACCAUGACUACGUCAACCUGCACGCCCCAUCCUCCUCCAGAGAGGAGUCCGGCGGCUCCACCCCAUCUUCCUAUGUCAACUGUGAGUUCGUGAGUCCCAUCCCUCCCAUCACACCCGUGAAGAAGCAGUUCCCGAAAUCCGCCCUCGACGCUAAUCAUAAAUCAGUCUCUUACGCCGAGCUGGACCUACCGAGUGUCAGGGAGAGGCCCACCACGCCCAUCUCACCCAUAAGCCCAGGAAGUGGCAAGGCGCGCGCUGGUAGUGUUUCCGUGGAACGCACUAAGUAUGCACAAAUAGCGUACGUGUUUAAAGACAGGCGGCAGCAGAGCCUCCCCUCUGUCAAACUUGUGGGACUAAGUGAGGGUUUUGGCGACAAAGUCUGAGCAAGUCGUGUACAUGUAUUUGUAGUUAUAUACAUUGUAUUUAGCAGAAACGCUGCCACCAUGUGAAACACUGGCUUGAAUAGCUACAUCCUGUAUGCCAAUACACAGUGGUUAUACAGUGACGUAACAUUGUGGCGGAAUUUCGGGGAUCUCCGGAUCGUUUGCGGAUAUUUCAGGAGGGAACAGUGAAAGCAUAUGUUCGUUCGAAAAUGACAUCUACCCUGCCCCUCCCACGUUGCACCACUGCUCACAUCCACCUUUCAAAAUAUUAUCCACUGUCACACUGCAGUUUGUCUUUGGAAAACAUACAACGACACCUAGAUAUUGUGGUCGUUUGUGUUCCUUUUCCCUUGUGAAUAAGCAUAAAACAGUGGCGUAAAUUUGUGCCGGGAAUCGGGGGAUGGGGAAAGGGGGAUGACUUGCCCGGCCAAGAAAAAUCGAAAAGCGAGGGGGGGGGCACUAUAUGAAUCUGGUGACAGGUUGAUGUUUCUUUAUACAGGGUGUCCACAUAAAAAAGUGUCAGAUGUGCAUUGACAGGAAUGGUGGCCAUGUGGACGGCACAGCACAUUAAACUCGCAAGGUAAAUAGCAAAAAAAACCAGAUUAGAUUGAUUUAUGUACAUUAUUUAAAGAAUGUGUUCUUAAAGCAAAGGCAUUUGG